CUUUACUACGGAGCAUAGUCAAUCUUCAAGUUUUAGGUUAGUCAGUGCUUGUUCUAACUGUGACUUACCGAAGCAGAUUGUUGCAGCCAUUCCUGAUAUCUAAUCCCUUAAUCAUAAUAGAACUUAUCUAUCUACAUAUUUCAAAUAACGGGACAUAACUCUAGACUUUCGGUGAACAUAUAAGUCUGUCCAGCAUCAUAAUUAUACUAUAAAUGUGCCUUGUUAUACUGGAGAUACUAUGCUAGAUAAGGUGUUUGAGUUUAGUAUUGCGGCAAGGAUAUAUUGAAAAAAAGUCUGUGCUAAAGCAAAACAAACAAUAAGCAAUAAGCAAUAAGCAAUACUAAAGAGAAGACUAACUUAUUGAACAAAUAACAGUAGCUGAACAAAUGCCCAAGAAUGAUAUAGCCGAGGAGCAUUCUAUGGAUAUCCCGCAUGUUACGGCCGUGGAAUUACCCUUAAUAGUGAAAAAUGUUGACAAGGCUAUACUGAUGAUUGGUGGUAAACAAAGAAUCUCAGAAGUAAUCAAUUCUCAUGAUAAAAGUAGUAAUCUUACUAGUCACACAACACUAGAGAAUACCCUUGAAUUACGAUUAAGAAAUGAUCCCUUUCAUCAUCCAAUACAAUCCCUGUACAAUACUAGUGAAAAGAUUUUAGUAAAAGUUUCAGUACCAAAGAAAGGUUUACCCAAGGAUUAUUAUGAUGAUCCUUCCAGGUAUUCUGUUAAAGAAUUACUUGAAAUUAACGCAGCAACAGAAAACACACCUACUCAUCGAACUCAACCGGUUGCAAUUAUAGAUAAAACAUAUCUGUUUAAGUCAAUUGCAGAUUUUCAAGUUUCUACCAAGAAUAAUUCUGUAGUUCAAGAUUUCAAUAACCUGAUCCUUGAAUCAAAGAAUUUCGAGACAUUAAGACAAUAUUUUGAUAAUAAAAACCAUUUUAAUGCUAUGGAUGAUUUCAAUGAUACUUCCAAAGAAUAUUUUAAAGAUAUUGAUCAUCAAUUACCACCACCUCCGAUAUUAAGUCCAAUUAGAUUUCCAUUCGAUUUUAGAUAUCAAAAAAAUCCGUUCACUACAGCUGUAAAAGAUGCUGAAAGUGGAGAGAUACGAGUAGUUUCAACUAAAAAUUCUGUUAAAUUAUAUACUAAAAUGAUUGAUUAUAAUUUUAAUAUCGUACCUGAUAAACCAGCAGUUGAAUUAAUUGAUAGUCUUAGUCAAUUAACUUCAAAGGCAUAUCCUGUAAAUAGUCCUGAGUAUUUGUUACUAAAAUGUAUAAAUUGGACAAGAGAUAUCUUUGAUUUGAAACCGAUUUGGUUGAGAAAACAAUUGGAAGAUAUUGUACCAGAAGAUAUCAGACGGUACGUUAAACAAGCAUUACCUUAUGUAACUUUUAUCUAUAAAAGUGGACCUUGGAGAUUUUGUAAUGUUAAAUUUGGAGUUGAUCCAAAGAGUGAUAAAUCAUUUUGGAUAUAUCAAUCAGAAUAUUUUAGAAUACCAGGAUUAAGAUUUGUAGUUCCUAAAGAAAAUACAAGAAGGAUGGUACCCAAUACUAUAAUAGAAGCUAAUAAAAAGAAUAAGACCAAUCAAGAAAUUGAAGUUUCAGAAUAUUUGUUCUUUAAUGGAGUAACUUUACCAUCAACAGUUACAUAUCAAAUUGGUGAUAUUGUAGAUUUAGACAUUACUACCAUUAUUGAAAAUCAUCGGAAAUACUUUGGACGCGACUUUUUACGGGACAUCCCUGACUUCCAAGACGGUUGGAUUAAUCGUCAAACAAUGGAAGUUAUAAGACGAAUAAUUCGGUACAAAUUGAAUCGAAUAGUGAGAGAGGAAUCUACUGAUCAGAAUAAAAUCUAUAAAAUAAUAAAUACAGAUUAUACUGCCAAUGAAGAUCAAGUCAUGGAGGGCGAUGAAGAGAAUGGCAAGAAUGCCGAACAAACGGUCGGAAAGGAUACUGACAAUGGCAACGACAAUGAAAAUGAAAAUGAAAAUGAAAUUGGUGAUACCAAUGAUAACGACAACGAAGAGGAAGCUGAAGAUGAUGACGAUGUAGAUGUCGGAGUAGAUGAAGAAGCCAUCAAUCAGGAACCCACUCCUUUAGUCGAUGAAGCCAACAUAAUGCACAAGCUAGAUCAAAUGAAUGAAGAUGCUUCCAGCAAGUUGAGUCAAUUAGUAGGUUUCAUAAAACAGGAUAUAAUCCAUGAAUAGGUCAGCAGUAGUAAUGAUAUUGUAGUAAUAGUAAUAGUAAUAGUAAUAAUAUACGGAGCACUAUAUGCAGUCCACAAAGUGUGAAAUUUGACACCAGACACGAAAGAAGUAAACACGUA